AUGGUAGUGGUGGGCGCCCACCACCACUACCCGUCUAUUGAAUCCAAAAUUAUUGGGGGUCAUCCUGGAAAUAUUAGACAAUUUCCAUAUCAGAUACUUAUUAAAAUACAUACAACCAAUGGUGGCGGCGGCGGUUAUGUCCAGUGCGGCGGAUCACUCAUAUCGGCCUAUUGGGUACUAUCGGCGGCUCAUUGUUUUUAUAGGGGUGGCAUUACCCGUACGGCCCAACAAGUUUUCAUACAUGACCAAUACGAUGGUCAUCAAUCGGUCAAUGAUUUGGCAUUGAUACGGGUCGCUGAUGGCCAACCAUUUCCGUACAGUUCAACUAUUCGACCGAUUUCCAUGUCUAAUGGUUAUGUAGCCGAUGGUGUCUGGGCCUGGGUUACCGGUUGGGGUUAUCUAACGGCAAACGGUAAACAAAUUCCCGAUCAGUUUCAAGUGCUCCAGGUCCGGACUAGUAGUUUGCAACUGUGCAAACAUGUAUACAAUAAUAUACAACCAACUAUGGAUAAUCUGUGUACAACUACUGGUAAUACUGGUAUAUGUCAAGGUGAUUCAGGCGGUCCAUUGGCUUUAAAUGGUCAGCUAAUCGGUGUUAUAACUUCCAGUCCUGAUCGCUGCGGUAACGGUAAUCCCGAUAUCUAUAUGAAUGUUUCAGCCUAUCGCCAGUGGAUCUACAAUAUUGCCGGAAUAUAA